ACAUAAACAUAUAAACAUGAAUCUGUCAAAAAUAUUUUUGAUGUUUUGUUGCUAGUAGAUAUUUUUAUGAAGUACAGCGAAAGUUUAGGUUGUAAUUAUACAAUAUAUUUCAUGAACGGAAAAACAAAAACCAAUCUGAAACUGUGGUCAGUGAUACCAAAAAAUUAAAUUUUCUCCCAAAAAUGGAAGAUGGCCCAUACAAGUUUAAUUUAAAUAUGUACAAAAGUCCACCAAAAGGUUUGUCAUCCAUCCCACUUUUGGAAAAAUUGUGUAAUGAAAGGAUAUCCUUAUAUAAAUUAAUGGAAGAGGCAAAAAUUCUAAACCUGACACCAAAUACUAGAAAAUGGAAUACUUUCAUGGAAUCUCAAAUAAAAGUAGGGAAACUUCAUACCUAUGACAUCCUCCUAAAUCAAACAAAUUGUGUUGGAAUUUCUCAGGCCAGGCUAGAUGACCACAUAGCUCAUUGGUUUUUAAGUUUGUGUUAUUGUCGAACACAUAAACUUCGGCACUGUUUCAUCAUAUGGGAGCUACAAUGGUUCAUAUUGAUAUAUAGACGAAUGGAUCAAAGUGAUUUGCAAAAGUUCCUAGUGGAAAAUGACUUUGUAUAUUUACCUGUAUCGUCAGAGGAAAAAGAAUCUAUGAAAGAUAAGUUGUUGAGGGACAGAAAUUUCACAGAAGCUAAAUUUGAAAGUCUUUCUUACUUCAAAACAUAUUUUACUGAAAUUGCACAACUAGUAGCUUUGAAAAAGAUAUUUCUACUCAAAGGUAUUGCAUAUUUUCCAGAGACCGAUAUCAUUUACUGCAUAGUUGAUAGAUUACGGACCCAGAUCUCCAUUCACCUACAGUGGAUCAACAAAAUGUUUUCAGUAAUUGCAAAAGAUGACCAUAUAAAAUUUUUGUUGCAAAAUAUAUCACCUUUUAUCCCAAAGGAGUACCAACUAUACUCUAUUGAUGAUAUUAACUUGGAAAAUAUAGAUGAAGUUGCUAACAACCAUUAUCCAUUAUGCAUGAAGACUAUCCACCUUGCUUUACGAAAUGAUCACCACCUCAAAUAUGAUAGCAAAAUGCAAUAUGGAAUAUUUUUGAAGUGUACAGGACUAUCUUAUGAGAAUGCAAUGCAGUUUUGGAAAAACGAAUUCACUCAAAGUAUGUCACUGGACUUAUAUCAGCGCAAAUAUUCCUAUCUUUUCAAACACCAGUAUGGAAUGGUUGGAGGAAGAAUUCAGUACAGACCAUUUACUUGCGAGAAUAUUCAAAAAUAUUCUCCAUCACCUGGACAGUAUCAUGGAUGUCCCUUUAAACAUUGGGAUAAAGAAAACUUAAUACAAAAAUUACAAUGUGAUGGAUUACAGACAAAUGAUAUCAAUUAUAUAAAAGAGCUGAUUGACAAAGGGAGGUAUCAAAAUGCUUGCACAAGAUAUUUCUGUGUUAAUUAUCAAGUGUUCAGAGAUGAUGUCAUUCAAAGUCCAAAUCAGUACACUUACGAGGGUUUGUGUAUCGAUAGGCAUAUGGACAAUGUUCUCAGCUUGAUUUGUGGAAACUUGGACCAAGACUUUUCAUGAUAAUGAAAUAUGUACACAUAUUUUAUUAUUAUUCAAAACCAGGUGAAGUUGUAUUUCUAAAACUACAGAGUAAAUUAGUUUUACAAAUUUAA